AUGGCGUCACCGUUCUCGUCACCGUCAUUCAACAUCGGCAUAAAGAAGCGCACCGCCAGCGAUGCCGCCCCCCAGUCGCCCGCCCUGAAGCGCCGCAAGGCCUCCAACAUCUCCGCGGCCUCGUUUUCCGCCGUCUCCCAUCCGCUGCGCCAGACAUCCUUUCCUCCCGAAGACGCGUCUACGCCCUUUUCGGCGCGGUCACCCUCCGUCGACUUUGACAAUACCAGCCUCGUCAGUGGUGGGCCCAGCUCCGUGGCCGGCGGAACGGCCGCCACGACGACGAAGAAGAAGCGCGGCCGCAAAUCCAAAGCCGACAAGCUGCGCGAGCAGACGCCGAGCGCUGUGGGCGCGGGCGGCGGGCGGGGCGCGACGGCGGCGAGUGCAGUGAGCGGCACGAGCAGUGCCAACGGCGGCGGACCCAAGAGCAGCACGGGCGCGCAGGGGGACGGCACGGCGGCCGCGGGCGACGACGACGACAACGACGGCGGCGAUGGCGACAUGCCCGACUCGGGGGCGGCGACGGCCAAGCGCACAGACGAAGAACGCAAAGAGGAGAAGCGGCUGCGCGCCGCGCUCGUGGCGUGCAUGGACAGCGACCAGUACGAGCGCAUCUCGGCCUGGCGCGCGGCCAAGCUGCCGGACGCCGUCAUCCGCCGCCUCGUCAACGCCACCGUCUCGCAGUCGGUGCCCUCGUCGGUCGUGACGGCGGUGCGGUCCGUCACCAAGUACUUUUUGACCGACCUCAUCACGCGCGCCCAGACCGUCCAGGACGAGUGGAUUGCCGCCGGCCACGAGCCCCAGACGGACGACGGCCGGCCGUGGCCGGGCAUGGUGCUCGCGCGCGGCGAGCCCGAGGUGGCCGCGCUCUACGAAAAGCAGGCGUCGCUGGCCAUCCCCGAGUGGGAGCCCGAGUCGGCCGACCACAUCCUGCGGGAGCCGCCCAAGGGCCCGCUGCGCCCGGACCAUCUGCGGGAGGCGUGGCGGCGCUACAGGGUGUCGGUGCAGAGCAAGACGGCGGGCGCGCUGGACCUCUGGCACGCGCAGCAGGGGACCGGCGUAGAGCGGUUUCCGGCGCGCACGGGCGGCAAGCGGCUGUUCAAGUGA